UAAGAUGAGCCGUUGGUUAAAAUUACUGCUGUUCUCGGCAUUACUGGGCUACGCAAAAGCGCACCAUUUCAUCCGAGUGGUAAUCUUGGCAGCCCUCGGCCUAGCAGGCCUGUGGAUGGUUCAUACCUUAGCUCAGGACUUCACCGCAAUCCAAGCAAACAGAAACACCAAUAACAACAACCUCGGGCUCGAGAAUGCGGAGAGGGAGGUCUUCAAGAGGUCAGUAGAUGACCCCGGGGCUACGCCAUUGCCUCAUGCACAGAUAGACUGGAAUAAAGUACUGCAAAGAGAUCCAGUAAGUUGUGCCAGGAGUUUUAUGUGCCAAUUAGCAGCAACGCAUAAGGAAUCAUUGACGAGGGAUGAAAAGAAGAUGCUCGAUCUAGUAAGAUACUCUGUCAAGACGGACUCUUGGGCCAGCAGACAAUUGAAAGAGGCGUUGCAAAAUGGUGAAGAGCUCAAAAAACCUGGUAGAUGUAUGAAAUUAUACAGAUUCUGUCCCUAUACUAGUCAAAUGAUGAUGACGUUACUUAGAUUGUUUUCCAAAUAAUUACCUAAGUAUGUAUGCAGUUAUAGUUCAGGAUUCUAUAUACCAUGAAAUGACAAUCAUAUGUUGACGUAUGCAAAUUUGGCAGACAUUCUUCCUAAUCUGGUCUCUAAGACAUCUUCAGCAUCCAAGUCCAAAAUCUUGAAAGAGGAGCAUUAGAAUUAGAUGCAAAUUUUAUAAGAUAGUAAAUGAGUACAGGGGAGUAAAUGCUCAGAGUUUUGUCUGCAAUACAUCUCCAAAUACCACUAGCGAGGUCAGUGCAGGAUGCAGACUUGUAAUUAGCACUUUGCGGUCACGUUUAUCGUUUCAUUAUGCAAUCGUCCAUUGCAUAUUAUUGAUAUAUUGAAUUAGUACUAAUUGAUAUAAAAUGACCCGUCAAAUAUUACAGUAUUUUAUCACCAGUACUACACAACCGGUCAGUAUGUCAUUAUGGGUAGAAUAAAUGACAACACUGGCUUGAUGCUGUCUUCCUAAAGAAGAGCUUCGACCUGUAACUUGAAUCUCUAUUCCAAACUUGCCAAGUCACUCAAAUCAAAACUGUAAAACCAUUGAUUGAUGCAUCCCUUACUAGGUAACAAUAAGCUGGUCCUGCCACUUACAUAUCCUGUGAUGCACCAGCUGUUCAAGCCUUAUUGUAACAUACUGUUUAUAACUGGUUGUUUUCCUGGUCGAUAUGCUCUUUCCAGGAAACCAACGAGCAUUUUUAUGAUAUACAAAUACAUUGCAAAACAUCAGGUUUUCAUCAUUUUUUAACUAUACUUAUACGAGUAUUACCCCAAGCUGAAAAUGAAUUAUAAUAGCAUUGUUAGCGCUUAAUGAAUCAGCAACCAAAACGCCUAAAUAUUCGAUGGAUUCGGUAAAACAACCUUUGCUGUCCUUGAUAGAAAGUCCCACAUCGCAAAUAUAUACCUACCCGAUCAGCUGAGCUAUUUUGUUGGCUAUCAUGUCAUUGAAAAAUGAUGAUGAAAAACCUGAAUCAGCGGUAACCAGUAAUUGUUAUAGAAACGUCAGAAUACAAUCAGGAGCCAAGUAAAUUGACUGUGAAGUGGUAGUCAUCCCAGGAGACAUCAGACCGCAACGGGGUAGCGAUUGUAUUCGUAAAUCUGUAUUGACUUUAAUAAUGAAAAUAGUUGCAUGCAUUGUCAACAACAAAGAAGUACCCGACAUUUACGUAUUGUCGCAAUACUCUCCAGAGUUGUAUGAGUAGAAUGCUGAAUUUCAUCCGUCAAUAUAUGAGACCAUUUCCCGAAACUAGUAAUCAACAGUUUGCGUCACAAAAUUUCAGUGCAACGUGAUUCCUUUUGCAAGACCUAAGAAUGUCAAAAAAAUUUGUUUGAUUUGGACAGUUAACCUUUUAUUUCUUGGGGAGACUACCUUUUUGAGCUUCAGUACGGUGCGACAUUGAAAUUUGGUCUCGCGAAGUUUCGAUUUGCGGUAUGGGUACAUCGAAUUUGCCUGUUGGCUAUAAAGAAAUCUAUAUUACAGUCGACGUGGUCUUAUGCAUAAAUUAUACAUACUUCAAUAGACAAGUAUGCAGUUAAUGAGCAUAAUGAAUAAUUUAUAAACUUCCUGUACUUGCAUAUCCGACUUUGUUGCGUUUGCUUUUAUGCGGAUUGUAAAAUUGUUGUAUUUGAGAAAGUCGAUAACAGUAUUGAUAUUGAUGGUAAAAGACAGAAUACUCGGAAAACAUAGCCGUAAGGUCUCAUGUAAAGUAUUUACGUGAAAUUAGAAUAUAAACUGUUAUAUAAUAAUGUAUAGGAAAAAUGUAAAUGUUUUAUUAUAAUUAUAUUUAUUUUUCAAUAGGAGUUAUGGUAUAGUAUUUACACAUUUAUCUCCCCAGAGACCUGAGCAAAUUCAUAUACAGGGAAAACCAAGUUUGAC